AGUUAGAAGCCAGGUAUUUCCGUGUAUUGUGAGAACUUUAGAGUGUUAUCAGAUUUCUAUAUUGAAAUCCAUUUGAUUAGCGAACUAGCUAACAAAGGAAUCAAGUUUAUUAUUCUAACUAUUCUACUUUUCACGCAUAAUACCGUUUGUGUCUUCACGGCGCUUGGGGUCAAUCUCGGUACAUUGCCAUGAAUAGGUUAGGCUCUGUAUUUAAAACUUCAAAUAUGAUCUCCUGGUUGAUUUUAUUCAUGCUAGGGGCAGUUUUACAGAAUUCUAAAUGUCAAAUUUUGCCAGAAUACGACACAGUACCCAAAACUUCAUUCAGUUGCGAAGGACGAACAUACGGGUAUUACGCAGAUCCAGAAGUUAACUGUCAAGUCUUCCACAUUUGUCCUGGCGCAUACGGAGUAGGACACUACUCUUUCCUUUGCCCAAACCAAACAGUCUUCAAUCAAGCAUACUUAGUUUGCGACCAUCCCUACAACGUAGAUUGUUCGACGGCCGACGGGUUGUAUUCCAUCAACAACAACUUUUUUUCACUGGAAGACAACGACUUGUAAGGAAAAUUCAUAACAACAACGACAUGAGGGACUACAAGUAAUAAUUCCAAAGAUGCAAGGUUAGAAAAGGUUUUACCAUUGAAUAAGUUUAUCCAUUUCAAGGAAAAUGCUUUCUAAUUAUCAGUUGAAAUGCAUUCGGAUAUUGUAUCAAUUGCUGUAAAGGAUUAGCGUUUCAAUGUAAGAAAUGUUGGACAAUAAAUUCUUUAUUGUAGAGCUACUUUUGAGGAAAAAGAAUCAUUUUCCAUGAUGAUGGCGUUUCUUUAAAUUAAUCCUUGGAUGGGCCAAUUAAAGGAAUGUCAUUAUCAAUGUUAUGAACUUUGACCUUCAUUG